AUGCCUACUCGAAAUAGCCAGAAACUGCGAGGAGUCAUUCUGGACAACAUAUCCAUAUUCUCAGAGAAGCAGCGUCGGUUUCUGCGCUCUGAUGAAUGGGCUCCGAACAAGCUCUUCGAGGCUGAGGAUGACGACAUUGCCACCGGGGUCAAAAGUGUGGAGGAGGAUUCAAAGCCUAGUCCAGAUAGAAAACCAGAGGAGGCGAAGGCGGAUACGGAGAAAGAUUCCGAGAAAGAUGGUGGAGGUGGCUGGACUUUCACCAUUCGUGAAAGGCCAAUGCCGGAUCCAAAUACUGGCAAAAAAAGGCGAAAAGGGGCUGAGGAUUCAGAGGCCCGUUUCGAGGCAAUGGCCGAAAAGAAUGAGGCUAGCCAGAAGAAGCAGGAGGAAGAUGUCGACAGUUCCCUUGCUCUGUUGGAGCGCCUCAACCAGCAAAAUCAAACGCCCCAAGUUGCGCAGAGGACGCGCCGGGAGCGCACACCCAAAAAGAAACGGCACCUCAGCCGAUCAAGAUCAAUCUCGGCGGCGUCAGUCACAUCAAGUAGUCAUCGUGGCAAGAAGGCACGCGCCAAGAAAAGGAAGGGGCGCAGCAGAAGUCGAGACCGCGCUGGCGCCGCAGGAGGAGGGAUGAGCUUCGAAGAGGCUUUGCGCCGCCGCAUGCAGCAGCGGGACUCUGAGAUGGAAACUUCCAGGAUGCCGGUCGUUGAUCCGGGCCACGCCAAAAAGAAUUGGAGGUGA